AUGUCUCGAGGCAGUGAGAUUAAACUCUCAACAUCUGAGACGACAUCUCUCUGUUCCGUGGACCAGCUUCAGGCAGGCUACCUCGCUGGCUGCCACUUCUGUGCUCUGGUCUGGGACCGAGCAGGAGGUAACCUGCUAUGCUCAACAAAGAGGUCUCUUGCUUCUGGUGACAUGAUCGAGGUGCAGCUAACAGCGAGAAACUGGGAGUUUGAGCGCAGAAUGUGGGAUGAGCCGAAGAGCCUUCGGCUCAGUGGAGAUGAGGGAGUGAUUGUGAUCAAUAUUCCGGCAUUGCGAGGCAAUGGAGGAACUGGCAAGGAAUCCCCUAGAAAGAUGAGGGGUUCCGGGGACACUAAUCUCCACAUAUAUCCUUCUACUUCCCCAAAGUUGAACCCGGCAACUCUCAGCUUGUCAAGCAACUCUGUCUCAUCAAAGCACGACUCAAAGCUAGAACAGAUCAGAUCAUGGUUUCAUAACUGCACUAAAAACCACGACAAUUGUCGCAGCUUCUCCGGCCUGGUCGCUCCAGAGAACCAGCGGCCCUCGCGAGUCCUUGAUAUACAUGACUCGAAAAUCAGACUCGAGUGUUUAGUUCAAGACAUACUAAACUUUGAGUACGUGACACUCAGUCAUAUGUGGGGUACAGACCCUACAGCAUGCCUUCGCCUCAAACAAGCAUCCUUGCAGGACUUCCAGGUUAGGAUACCCGAGGACCAACUUCCUGGAAAGUACCUUGAUGCGAUCCGGGUUGCGAGGGCAUUGGGGUUCCGAUAUAUAUGGAUUGACUCACUUUGUAUCAUCCAGGACUCUUCGGAGGACUGGGAGAGGGAGGCUGUCAAGAUGGCCAGUGUUUACGGACGCACAAACUGUAACAUUUCGUAUGUUUGCCCCCCAUCAACUGAUCGAGGACAGCACCUACGAGAUCCCAGGAUUGAGCUCCCUUGCAAGUUACGGCUUACACAUGAGACGUCGAAGAAUCCUCACGACCGCCCCGAGCUGGUCGUUCAAUACUCUCCAGGGUUUAUAAGGGAGUACUGGUCGCCAACAUCACAUAAAGAAGAAUGGCCUAUUCUAUCACGGGCGUGGGUAUUUCAAGAGCGACUUCUCUGCCCUCGGAACAUCUACUACGGUCAUUCCCGGCUGAUCUGGGAAUGCUGUGAGACCUUUGACGACGAGUUGUACGGCCAAGCAAAGCGCAACCCAGAAUCCAAAAUGCAGGCACACGCUCUCUUCGCCGCAUCUGGUGCGGGAACAAGGGACUUUUCGGGAGACUUUGAGACUCAAUGGACUCGCCUAGUCAAAGAUUAUCGCACCGAGAGCCUGACGUACGAGAUGGACCGGGCCAUUGCCUUUGCAGGUAUCGCCCGAGCAAUCCAAGGUCAGACCAAAAUGACGUAUCUCGCCGGUAUCUGGAAGGAGUUUGCGGAAUUUGAACUCCUGUGGAUUGUUCGUCGGCCUGAAGCUCUCUCAAAUGAGACGAAUAGGAAACUGGCCGAACAACAAAAGCUGGCAGCUCCAUCCUGGUCCUGGUUCUCUAUCGCUACCCUCCCCCAGGAGUCACGCUUAGCGACUGACUCAGUCGGCUUCUCAAUUUGCACAUCGAUGGCGAUGGAAUCUCGUUUUGUUGUGUAUAGGGCUCAGAUAUUAUCGUGGCGUCACCCUCACAGCCCGGAAGCCGUGUUUCAUAAGUUUGAAGGCAUGAGCUUGGUUCUCAGAACUCUCAAGGUUGCGAGCAAACUAGAGUGGGUAGGGAACGGGAUUAGGUUGUCCUCAAACGGAAACCAUCCCUUCCAAGAUUGCGGAAAGCUAGGGCCGAAGAACUCCAUGUCAUAUUCCCACGACGACGGCUCCAUAGUGCCAGGCUCUCAGCUUCCGACCAACUCGUGCAUGGUUUUGACCAUGUUCACAGCGUCUAGAAGUGGCGGAAAGACGAUCAAGGAGUACCAAAUACCUAUCACGCAGGAGGAUGGCCGCGAUGAGAACGUUGAGACGCAGUGGAAUUAUGCAGGGCUGGUGGUGGUGCCAGCUACUACAGGCCCGGGGGGAGAGGAGCGUUGGAGACGAAUUGGCGCCUUUAUGUAUUCCAACAGCGCAGACGGAAAGAUCCAAGUCCCCACGCCUUUUUGCAUUGAUGGGAGUGAAGAGGAGGACAUUGUUCUUAUCUAG